AUGUAUUUUGGACCUGGAGUUGAAGCAUCUGAAGUGGUAGAAUUAUGGGAAGGGCAAAUAUGGAAAGAAUCACCAAUUUUUGGCGAAACAUCAUUACUGAUUAACAAUGUUUUAUAUCAAGCCGGAGAUUUUAUUAUCUAUAUUAUCUAUCAAGAGCGUUCAUCAACUUUGCAUUUAGGACAAAUUAAUGGAAUUGUGACAAAAGGAAAUAAAGAUGAAAAAUUUCUGUAUAUUCAAGAAAUUGUAUACUACUCAGAUCUUCCAAAAAACCUGAAAUCUUAUGAACGUUUAAAUAAAUCUAAAAAAGCACAGUUUGGCUUACAGAAAGACGUAAUUUGGUUAAUAUAA